CUUCUCCAAAGGAAACCCAUUUGUUUACCGGCUGUAGCCCGUGCCUGCCUCCGAUGCUCACAAGCACCCAACGGCCCCUUUCCCGGCUGUACCCGGUCAUUUUCCUUCUCUUUCCGGCAAAGAAAAUAAUUUGUAGGGUUUCUGGGACCGGUCCAAGGAAAAAGAGCAGAGCAGUCCACAGGGGGGAUGGCUUUAAUUCUGCUUUUCUCUCUCUCUCUGCGGAUCCGUGUGGUUUCCUUCCGGGUUUUCCCCAUGUUUGGGUAUCUUUAAUUGUCGAUAAUCUCUCUCUCUCUCUCUCUCUCUCUUUUCCUUUUUGUUGUCAGGAUCCUUGAAUUUUCUUUGCAACUUCGGGUGGGCAUUGUUCAACUUUGACUGUUGAAUUGUGAUCGUUUAUUCUUUUUCUCUCAAUUUUCGUCGCUUCUUUUUUUUGUUUGAUCUUUUUUCUAAUCUGGAUUUGAAUGAUUUCGGUCUUUAUGAGCUUCGAGAGGAAGUGAGCUUUGGUACUGGAGACGAAGAUUACAUACAUGUUUUCAUUGCGCUUUGCAUCCUGAUGAUGAUGAUGAUGAUGAUGGGAAUGAACAAUGUGAAUCUUUUGACCAGAGAAAGAGAUUGUUCAAAGCGAAAAGCGGCCAUGGAGAAAAGACGUCUGCGUUGAUUGUCUGUUCUCGAUUGUGAUUGUCAAUGAGAGAGAGAGAGAGAGAGAAUAAAGAGAGCCAAAAGGGUGUAAAACUCUUACCCCCUCUUUCCUCUUUUUCUCUACCACACGCUUCCUCUGCUGUCAAUUGGACGUUGAUGUGCUUCGACGAGCACUAAUUUUUUCUUGCCUUAUUCUGGGUUUUUCCGAUAAACAUUUCUUUGCCUUGUAAUUCUUUGUGAAAAUGCCGAUGUAUCAACCACCUAGCCGGCGGAGGGACGGCGAUGUGAAGCACGAAAUGGGCGGCGGCGGGCAGGUGUUGGAUCUGGAAACCGCCGUGAAAGACGGGAUCUUGGGCGGCGGAGGCGGGGCUGUCUGCAGCGGCGAGAAGUUGGAUCUGAAGAAGAUGAUUGAAGAGCUGGACUCAAUCGAGGUCCCGGCGGUCUUCAUUUGCCCGAUUUCCUUGGAGCCAAUGCAAGAUCCUGUAACGCUCUGCACCGGCCAGACGUACGAGAAGCCCAACAUCCUGAAAUGGUUUUCUCUUGGCCACUUCACUUGCCCCAUCACAAUGGUAGAGCUUUGGGACGAUUCUCUCACGCCAAACAAGACUCUCCACCAACUGAUUCACAGUUGGUUUUCGCAGAAGUACUUGGUGAUGAAGAAGAGGUCAGAGGAUGUACAAGGAAGGGCCUUGGAGCUGCUGGAGACAUUGAAGAAGGUCAAGGGCCAAGCCAGAGUUAAAGCUCUCAAGGAGCUCAGGUUGGUUGUCAAUGGCCAUGAUUCAGCCAGGAAAACAGUGAAGGAAAAUGGUGGUAUUGGCUUCAUUUCUUCCCUAUUAGGUCCUUUCACUUCGCAUGCUGUUGGGUCCGAGGCAAUUGGAAUUCUUGUGAACUUGAAUCUCGAUUCAGAGUCAAGAGCUAAUUUGAUCCAACCCGCCAAAAUAUCGAUAAUGGUGGACAUUUUGAAUGAGGGGUCGAUUGAGACAAAGAUCAAUUGUACAAGAUUGAUAGAAAUGUUGAUGGUGGGGAAGGAUUUUGAGUCAGAAAUUGUGUCAAGUUUGAGCCUUUUGGUUGGGCUAUUGAGGUUAGUGAAGGACAAGAGGCACCCAAACGGAGUAGCAGCUGGGCUUGGAUUGCUCAAAAUGAUUUGUUCACACGAAGAGAUUAGGAAUUCAGUUGUAGGCUUUGGGGCCAUUCCUCAGCUAGUUCAGCUUUUGCCCAAUCUGAGUGCAGAGUCUUUGGAAUUAGCACUUUGCAUUCUUGAAGCAUUGCUAAGCCUGCCGGCGGGCAUAUUGGCUUUGAAGGGUUGCCCUCAAACCAUUCCCAAUAUGGUCAAAUUGUUGAUGAAGGUCUCAGAGACUUGCACUCAGCUGGCUUUGUCAAUCUUGUGGGCUGUCUGUAAGAUUUCCCCGGAAGAAUGUGCUCCGGUUGCCGUGGAUGCCGGCCUGGCAGCAAAGCUCCUCUUGGUGAUCCAGAGUGGCUGCAAUCCGGUGUUGAAGCAAAAGGCGGCCGAGCUCUUGAAGUUGUGUAGCCUCAAUUACACAGCCACCAUCUUUAUUUCCAAGUGUAAGCUUACAAAAACAAUACAGUGAAAGGGUUGCAGAAAGCUGUUUAUAUACAUCAACCAUUUUUCUUCCACCUUGAGGAGAAACAAAGUGCGUGCACUGAGGAGCUUGUGAAUACUGAAGCUUGAAGCUUGUAAAUUUAUGGGCUAAUUGUUCUGGCCAGUGGAUGACCAAGUUUUCCCAUAAAGCCUAUUUGAGUUUGCCCAGCUGUUCACAUAUCACCAAGAAAGGUACCAAUUCAUGUAUCUUUGCAAUGGAGUGGAUUUGGGAUGUGUGUGAGCAGCCAAUUGAAUGGAGAACUUGCAGGCUCGUGUUAGCACUUGUAAUUAUUAUUAUAUUUAACUUGUAUUAAGGUUCCAAAUUUUCAGUCCCUUAACUGCUUAUUGCUGAAGGUUAUCUGGGGACUCCAUAAUUAAUUUCUUUCUUCAUUGUUCUAAGGCAUGGGGUGGUUCAGCAUUGAGUCCUCCCACCAUUGUAGAGUAUGUUCUUUCAAUACGAGAUCAUUUGUGAAUCCACUUCCAACUUUGUUUCUCGUUGCUAGAAUUCAUUCACAGUGCUGCCAUAUUAUUGAAACUUCAGGAAAACAAUUUGAAAGCAACAAUGAAUUCGAUUGUUAGAAGGCCUUAAAAUCUGGGUUAUAAAUGUGAUUUUGAAUUUCAAUAGUGUGUUUCCCAGUCUGUAUUUCUUGGAACUGGGACUGGACUGGAGUGAACUGUUCUGAGACAGUCAAUUCAAACUUCUGGGUUGAUAGAAACGAGCCCACGACCCCACGUACACCCUCCCCACUUGGACCAGACAAAAAGAAGCAGAGAGGGGGGGUUAAAGAAAGAUGAGAGAGAGAGGGAGAGAAUGAAACAUUGUCGUGCCUCAAAAGGGGAGAGUGAGUGAGGUACGAGGUCUUUGUUGGCAUUUGCAAUCUGGGAUCUUUGACUAAGACCCAAAAAAAGAUUGUGAAACUUGGAAUUAAUAUAUUGAAGGUUAGCCAUUUAGCUUAGAGACAUCUGCAUCUGCUUGCUGCCAAUGUACAAUUACUAUUUUACUUGUGCCUCCUCCAUCCGUGCAGAUGUAACUUCACACUGCUUUGUCACUUGUGUGUUUCCCCAAUUUACAUUUCUUUUGUCAGAAACUG